UUCAGGAGUGGCGAUGCGAAAGCAGAGGUCCUACAAUUUCAUCUGUAACGGCGCAAAACAGUAGAUUAUCGUCUCGUUCUGUAGCACCUUCUCUUUGUGAACUGCAGAAGAGUGUAUUAUUAUCUGGAUUGACAGCGGAUGGGUUUUAAUAAAGCUUAUACGCGGUGCUGAAGUCUCGCUCGUGACGAUCCUUGAAAGUGCGUCAUUGAGAAGCGUGAUGGUCAGCGGCUGAUUGUUUCCUGAACGCUCUGCUAAUGUCUGCAUUGGUGUUUUAGCUGCAGUAUGGCAGAGGAGCGAGUAAAGGACUCUCUCUCAGAGAAACACAGUGUGAGAUCAGGAUCAUGUGUGUCUCUGAAGAGUGACUGGUCUAAAGAGUUUAAUCCACCAAAGUUCGGAGAGAAAACCCCAUCAUCUGCCAUCAGUGUUGAUGGAGAUGAUCAGACUGGAGACCUGCAGCAUGAUUCAGUCCAACCAGAACAUGAUGAACUCCAGAGAGUCAAAGCGCAGCACAAAACCAGAAUGAAGAACAGGUAUGAGAGAUUAUUUGAGGGAAUCAACCAUCGAGAGACUCAAACCCUCCUGAACAGGAUCUACACACAGCUCUACAUCAUAGAAGGAGAGAGUGAAGGAGUGAAUGAAGAACAUGAGGUUUUACAGAUGGAGAAAACAGCCAGAACAAAACCCUCACGACACACUCCAGUCUACUGCAAUGACAUCUUUAAAGCCUCAGCUGGAGCAGGACAUGAGGAGAAGAUCAAGAAGAAGAAAGCCCAGAUCAAGAUUGUUCUCACUAAAGGCAUCGCUGGAAUCGGGAAAACCGUCUCUGUGCAGAAGUUCAUUCUGGACUGGGCCGAGGGAAAAGACCAUCAGGAUGUAGAUUUCAUGUUUGUGCUUCCAUUUCGAGAGCUGAACUUGAUCAGAGAUCAUCAGUACAGUCUUCACAGACUUCUGCUGGACUUUCAUCCUGAACUUGAAGAUCUGGAGCCCAAGAUUUAUGAGCAGUGUAGAGUUGUGUUCAUCUUUGAUGGUCUGGAUGAAAGCAGAAUCACACUCAACUUUUCAGAUGAGGAGAAAGUUUAUACUGUGACUGAAUCUUCAUCAGUGGCUGUGUUGAUGUGGAGCCUCCUGAAAGGAGAUCUGCUUCCCUCUGCUCUCAUCUGGAUCACCUCCAGACCAGCAGCAGCCCAUCAGAUCCCCUUCAAAUACAUCAACCGUCUGACAGAAAUUCAGGGAUUCACUGAGCCUCAGAAGGAGGAAUAUUUCAGGAAGAGAAUCAGCAACGAGCAUCAAGCCAGCAGAAUCAUCUCCCACAUCAGAAGAGCAAGAAGCCUCCAGAUCAUGUGCCACAUACCCGUCUUCUGCUGGAUCUCCUCCACUGUGCUUCAGAAGCUCCUGGAAGAAGAUGUGAGUGCAGAAAUCCCUCAAACUCUGACUGAGAUGUACAUCCACUUCCUGCUGAUUCAGAUCAACAUGAGGAAGCAGAAGUAUGAAGAGAGAGAUCCAGAGAAACUCCUGCAGUCCAGCAGAGGAGUGAUCCUCAAACUUGCUGAAGUGGCUUUCAGACAGCUGAUGAAGGGCAAUGUGAUGUUCUAUGAGGAGGACCUGAUUGAGAGCGGCAUAGACGUUACUGAUGCCUCAGUGUAUUCUGGGAUCUGCACUGAGAUCUUCAAGGAGGAAUCUGUGAUUCAUCAGAGGAAAGUCUACAGCUUCAUCCAUCUCAGCUUUCAGGAGUUUCUGGCUGCUUUCUUUGUGUUUUACUGCCAUUUAACAAAGAAGAGAGAACCGCUGGAGUUGAUUUAUGACAGUGAAUAUUCAGAUAAUCAAUAUCUACAGGCCAGCUCUGAGAACUCUCUGUAUGAUCUGCUCAGAUCAGCAGUAGAUAAAGCUGUCAGGAGUAGUAAUGGUCAUCUGGAUCUGUUCCUGCGGUUCCUGCUGGGCGUCUCACUGGAGUCCAAUCAGAGACUCUUCCAGGAUCUGCUGACACACACAGAGGAGAGCUCAGAGAGCAUCAGGACAAUCACACAGGACAUUAAAGACAAGAUCAAGACAGAUGAUGAUCUCUCAGCUGAAAGAUCCAUCAAUCUGUUCCUCUGUCUGCUGGAGGUGAAAGAUCAGACUCUGGCCAGAGAGAUUCAGGAGUUUGUGAAAUCAGACAAACACUCAGAGGAGGAACUCACUCCUGCUCACUGCUCAACAAUCUCCUACAUGAUUGAGAUGUCAGAGGAGCCGCUGGAUGAGUUAGACUCUAAUAAAUUCAACACAUCAGAUGAGGGAAGACGGAGACUGAUACCAGCUGUGAGAAACUGCAGAAGAGCUCUGCUACAGGGCUGUAAUCUCCCUGUUCAGUGCUGUGAGAGUUUGUCUUCAGCUCUACAAUCCUCAAACUGUGUCCUGAGAGAGCUGGAGCUGAGUAACAAUGACCUGCAGGAUUCAGGAGUGAAGCUUCUCUCUGAUGGACUGAAGAGUCAACACUGUAAACUGGAGACACUGAGACUACAGGGCUGUAAACUCCCUGUUCAGUGCUGUGAGAGUUUGUCUUCAGCUCUACAAUCCUCAAACUGUGUCCUGAGAGAGCUGGAGCUGAAUAACAAUGACCUGCAGGAUUCAGGAGUGAAGCUUCUCUCUGAUGGACUGACGAGUCAACACUGUAAACUGGAGACACUGAGAUUGGUCAUGUGUAACCUCCCUGUUCAGUGCUGUGAGAGUUUGUCUUCAGCUCUACAAUGCUCAAACUGUGUCCUGAGAGAGCUGGACCUGAGUAACAAUGACCUGCAGGAUUCAGGAGUGAAGCUUCUCUCUGAUGGACUGAAGAGUCAACACUGUAAACUGGAGACACUGAGAUUGUCUGGCUGUAUGGUGACAGAGGAAGGCUGUGGUUUUCUGUCUUCAGCUCUGACUUCAAACCCCUCACACCUGAGAGAGCUGGAUCUGAGCUACAAUCAUCCAGGAGAUUCAGGAGUCAAGCUGCUCUCUGAACAACUGGAGGAUCCAAACUACACACUGGACAAACUCAAUCUGGAUCAUGGAGGAGACGCAAGGGUUACAGCAGGACUGCACAAAUAUGUCUGUUUCCUCACACUGGAUCCAAACACAGCAGACACUGAACUCAUUCUGUCUGAGGAGAACAGAGAGGUAAAGUGUGCGAAAGAGGAUCAGCCGUAUCCUGAUCAUCCAGACAGAUUUGAUGGUGUGUAUCAGGUGUUGUGCAGAGAGAGUGUGUGUGGACGCUGUUACUGGGAGACUGACUGGAGUGGAGAUCAUGGUGUGUGUAUAUCAGUGUCAUAUAAGAGCAUCAGGAGGAAGGGACGAGGUGGUGAGUGUGUGUUUGGAUCUAAUGCUCAGUCCUGGAGUUUGAUCUGCUCUUCCUCCAGUUUCUUAUUCAUACACAAUAACACACACACUGGUCUCCCAGUGAAGCCGCUCAGCAGGAGAAUAGGAGUGUUUGUGGAUCACAGUGCAGGAACUCUGAUCUUCUACAACAUCUAUAGAGACACAAUGAGCCUCAUCCACUCAGUCCAGACCACAUUCACUGAGCCGCUCUGGCCGGGGUUUAGGUUUUAUUCUGGAUCAUCAGUGAAACUGAGCUGAAGACUGACGAGAGAUUUACCCACAAUCCUCUGCAGGAGCAGUCAGCAGGUGUGUGUGUGUGUGUGUGUGUGUGUGAGAGAGAGAGACUGUGUGUGUGUGUGUGUGAGAGAGAGAGAGAGAGAGAGAGAGAGAGAGAGAGUGUGUGUGUGUGUGAGAGCCUUUUUAUUAACAAAUAAUUUUUAAAACAAUCUCACAUCAAUUUAUUUACCAGAGAAAAAAUACUAAUCAAAUAAAGUAAGGAGAUAAUAAUAAAUAAACAAAUCUUACAUAUUA